UCAACUUUUUUUUACCUUAAGUUCGCGCGCGGAUUGGAACGAAAGACGAAAGCGUAAAAGCCUAGAGCCUAGAGCCCAGAGGUCGAGUCCCAGUGACAUUUUUCAAUAAUAUCUUCCUCUCGUCUUUGUAGCUCGUUCUAGCUUCUAAUGGAGGACGAGACCACCUUCGAUCAUGAUCUGAUUCAUGCCAUUUUCAAGCUCGUGUGGACCAGAAGAGCCCUCGAGCGACAAAGAAAUGAAGGCGCCGAUGCUUUGGAUUUCCAGGUAGGAGCUGGAACAUCCAAGAAGAAUCGGCCGACUUAUGCCAAUGCAAAUGCACUAAAGCUGAGUUGUGAACUUCUCCGUGUCUUUAUCACAGAGGCCGUGCAGCGUGCUGCUACAAUUGCUGAAGCUGAGGGUGUUAGUAAAAUUGAAGCAACUCAUUUGGAGAGGAUUCUCCCCCAGUUACUUCUGGAUUUUUAAUGUAUUCCAGGGUAUAUAGCGGCUUCUGUCAUUUUCACUUAAAUGUUGGGCUCAUACUUGAGCAAGGGUUCCUAGCGGUGUCCUGGCUGGCUGUGACUCAUAGGUCCAGACAACGGCUAUUGAUUCCUAUACAUCCAUAUGGGUUUUAUUCUGUUCGCUGCUUUCUAACCUCUUCAGAUAUUGCUGACUAUAACCAGUGACUUUGUAAAAGACAAUUCAAUUUGAGACUGAAAUGUAAUACUUGAAUACUAAAUAAAGCACCUGAUGCACUCCGUUUGUCGCAUGGAAAUAGAUGGAGAACUGGCUUAAUAUCAAAUCUAAUUUUUUAGAGUA